CCAUUUCACACCACUGCCACUCUGCUCGUGAAACCCUAGCCGCGGCGGACAAGUGAAGAAGACCCGACCUUUCUCCGAUCUCAAUCGAAACUAAAUCUCCGGCAACCAUGGCGGAUGUGGACCCAGAGGUGGCGGCGGGGCAGCAGCCGAAGAAGAGGACGUUCAAGAAGUUCAGCUUCAGGGGUGUCGAUCUCGAUGCUCUUCUGGAUAUGUCCACCGAUGACCUUGUUAAGCUCUUGAACGCUCGUGCACGAAGAAGGUUUCAGAGGGGUUUGAAGAGGAAGCCGAUGGCUCUGAUCAAGAAACUCCGCAAGGCUAAACGUGAGGCUCCUCAAGGUGAGAAGCCCGCUAUUGUGAGGACCCACCUGAGGAAUAUGAUCAUUGUACCCGAGAUGAUAGGAAGUGUUCUCGGUGUGUACAAUGGAAAGACAUUUAACCCAGUUGAAAUCAAGCCUGAGAUGAUUGGCCACUAUCUUGCCGAGUUCUCGAUCUCGUACAAGCCUGUUAAGCACGGUAGACCUGGUAUUGGAGCCACCCACUCUUCAAGGUUCAUUCCUCUUAAGUGAGAAGUGUGCGAUCAAUCUCGGUAAUACAUGGAGAAGGAAGAAUCAUCGGGUUUUGAUUUUUUAUUCCUUCUUUUAUGGUUGGUUUAUGUUUUUUUUUGUUGGAUGUUGAAAUUUUGAUCAAGAGAUUCUAUACAUUUGGAACUCUAAUUGCAGAUGUUAGUUUUAUGGAUUUGUGUCUUUGUUUGAACUAAUGUUUAUGGUGUACACUCUUUUUGGUGUUUACUUGUAUCGAAAUUCAUUUGGUUAUUCACAUGGUUAUGAUUUUUUGUU